AUGGCCGAAUACUGGAAAUCCGCGCCGCGCCACUGGUGCAAGCAAUGCAAGAUCUUCAUUCGCGACACGGCUUUCGAAAAGACUCAACAUGAAGCAAGCCCCAAACACCAAGGCAACCUCAAGCGCUUCCUGCGCGACAUCCAUAAGAAUAAUGAAAAUCAGCAGCGAGAGACACAGCGCGCCAAGAGUGAGGUAGAAAGGUUGCGACAGGCCAUCUCUGGCGGAGCCUCCGAGUCCAAGACCGAUUCCAAAACACCCGCGCCUGCACCUACGAAACAAUCCGCUGCCCCAGCUGAGAGACCAGUCAGUGUGGAAGAUAGGAAGAAGCAAAUGGCGCAGCUUGUUGAAAUGGGGGUGGCUAUUCCCCAGGAAUAUCGGGCCGAGAUGGCAUUAGCCGGAGAAUGGCAAACACUCUCGGUGACCAAUUUGGACUCAGAGGGGGCGAAAUCGAUCGGGGUUCGCAAACGCAAGCUUGAAGGUGAAGAAGAUGAGGAAAUUCCGGAGUAUGUGAGCAAAGGGUGGGGAUCAAGGAUGAAGAUUUAUCCUGGUGUGCAGGACGAGGAUGAUGGGGACCUGGACGCUCUACUCGCGUCUACAAAGGACUUGAAAAAGGCCAAAACAGAAACACCAGCUAUCCAAGCAGAGGAGGUUAAAGAAGAAACCGGGACUCUCCCCAAGACGAAAGAUGAGAAUACCGACUCAAAAUCAUCAAUAGCACCAGUCUCAGAAGAAGGCAGCUCAGCUCCCGUCAAGGCAGAGGAAGCUGAUGAUUCUUCUGUUCCUCCUGUGAGCGCAGCCCCGCCGAGUGACGAGGGUUCUGGCGUUGUUUUCAAAAAGCGCAAAUCAAAGGUCAUGAGGAAAUAA